ACCGCCGCCCUCAACCGUCCGCGGGCGGGCCGAGCCGCCGCCGGCCGGCGAGAAGCCGCGGCCGCCGCGGCGGAGAAGGAGGAGGCAGCAGCAGGAGGCCGGGCAGCCUCCGCGGCCGGGCACAUGGCGUCCAUCUUACUGAGGAGCUGCCGCGGCCGGGGGCCCGCCCGCCUCCCGCCGCCCCGCGCCGCCGCCCCGAGGGGCAGUCUGGGCGACCGUGCUUGUCUCAGCUGUGCCAGCGCCAUGAGGUGGGGAAGCUGCGUGAAUCUUCCAUUUGGCAGCUGCAUUCCGGCCCAUCCCAUGCACCUUUCCCUCAGAGGCGACCCCCCUGGCUGCUGGACUCUGAGGCCCAAGCACCUGUGUGCGGUGGUCACGGGCCCGAGGCUCCUUCCCCUGCGCUGCUGGCACUCGUCACCCCCGCUGGGUGAUGACUCCAUGGUGGAGAAGUCCCUCAGGUCCUUGAAGGACAAGAACAAGAAGCUGGAGGAAGGAGGCCCGGUGUACAGCCCCCCAGUGGAGACGGCCGUGCGCAAGCCCCUGGGGCAGAGGGUCCUGGACGAGCUCAAGCACUACUACCACGGCUUCCGCCUGCUCUGGAUCGACACCAAGAUCGCUGCGCGCAUGCUCUGGCGCGUCCUGCACGGGCACAGCCUGACCCGCCGCGAGCGCAGGCAGUUCCUGCGGAUCUGUGCCGACCUCUUCCGCCUGGUGCCCUUCCUGGUCUUCGUGGUGGUGCCCUUCAUGGAGUUCCUGCUGCCUGUCGCCGUGAAGCUCUUCCCCAACAUGUUACCGUCCACCUUCGAGACCCAGUCGAGUAAGGAGGAGCGGCUGAAGAAGGAGCUGCGGGUCAAGCUGGAGCUGGCCAAGUUUCUUCAGGACACCAUCGAGGAGAUGGCCUUGAAGAACAAGGCAGCCAAGGGGAGUGCCACCAAAGACUUCUCUGCAUUUUUCCAGAAGAUCCGAGAGACAGGGGAGAGACCCAGCAACGAGGAGAUCAUGCGUUUUUCCAAACUGUUUGAGGACGAGCUGACCCUGGACAACCUCACACGGCCGCAGCUGGUGGCGCUGUGCAAGCUGCUGGAGCUGCAGUCCAUCGGCACCAACAACUUCCUGCGCUUCCAGCUCACCAUGCGGCUGCGCUCCAUCAAGGCCGACGACAAGCUGAUCGCUGAGGAGGGAGUGGACAGCCUCAACGUCAAGGAGCUGCAGGCAGCAUGUCGGGCACGAGGCAUGCGGGCCCUGGGUGUCACGGAGGACCGUCUGCAGGAGCAGCUGAAGCAGUGGCUGGAGCUGCACCUGCACCAGGAGAUUCCGACAUCCCUGCUCAUCCUGUCCCGGGCCAUGUACCUUCCCGACACCCUCUCACCUGCCGACCAACUCAAGUCCACGCUGCAGACCCUCCCAGAGAUUGUGGCAAAGGAAGCCCAGGUGAAAGUGGCCGCGGUGGAGGGCGAGCAGGUGGACAACAAGGCAAAGCUGGAGGCCACGCUGCGGGAGGAGGAGGCCCUCCGGCAGGAGCACCAGGAGAGGGAGCUGCAGAGGCUCUCCCAGGCCGCGGAAGCGGAGCCCGAAGUGAUGGCAGAAGCUGCCUCGGGGAGGCCCGGGGCUGAGCUGCAGCCAGAAGUGCCUGAUGUGAUCUUGCCAUCAGAGGCCCUGAAGGACACCGCCCCCAUCCUGGAAGGCCUGAAGGAAGAGGAAAUAACUCAGGAGGAAAUUGACAUACUCAGUGACGCCUGCUCAAAACUGAAGGAGCAGAAGAAAUCCCUGACAAAGGAGAAGGAAGAGCUGGAGCUGCUGAAGGAGGACGUCCAGGACUACAGUGAGGACUUGCAGGAGAUCAAGAAGGAACUUUCAAAGACUGGCAAAGAGAUAUACGUGGAAGAGUCUAAGGCCAGCAAGAGGCUGACAAGGAGGGUGCAGCAGAUGAUCGGCCAGAUCGACAGCCUGCUCUUGCGGCUGGAGGCCGACCAGAGGGCUGGCAAGCUGAGCCCAGCCUCCGAGGGCGCAGCUGCGGGGGAGACGGUCAUCAGCAUCGCUGAGCUCAUUAGUGCCAUGAAGCAGAUCAAGCACAUUCCAGAAGGCAAGCUCAUGAGCUUGGCCUCAGCGCUGGAUGAGAACAAGGAUGGCAAGGUCAACAUCGACGACCUGGUCAAGGUGAUUGAGCUGGUGGAUAAAGAGGACAUUCACAUCUCCACCAGCCAGGUGGCCGAGAUUGUGGCCAUGCUGGAGAAGGAGGAGAAGGUAGAGGAGAAGGAGAAGGCCAAGGAGAAGGCUGAGAAGGAGGCCGAGAAGGAGGCCGCAGAGGUGAAGAAUUAGGGCCAGCCCUGCUCUGGCUCCGUAGUGGCCCCUCGCAUGUCUGGCUCCAUCUGCACUGGCCACUGCAGCCCUCUCGUGAUAGUGAUUGCUUUGAAGUGAUUCUUAGUGACAAAUCUAAUAUUUUGUCUGGAAUAAAUCAGAAACUUCCAUAUCAAGUAAUUUUAAAUUUUCAUCAUUCCACGAAGAUUCAGUCAGUCUGGAAUCCCUGAACCACUCCAGGGAGACUCCUCUGGAUUCAUGCCAUAGCAGGGGCUGCAGCGGUCCGGGCUGCAGCAGCCCAGUGUGCAGCCUGCCAGCAGUGGGGGGCUGUGGCCCUGCAGAGGCUCACUUGGCCUCCCCACGCACCCCCUGGCGGCGUCUGUCCCAGGAGGAGAGAGGACAGACACCUGGACCGCGUGCCUGUGGAGCCAGAGGCAUGCGACUGGGAGUCAGAUGCGGGCACAGCCUCCUCAGCCUGGAGAAGAUGCUUCGUGAGUCCGUGGACUUGGGUUCCUGAAUAUCUGUGUAAAAUAGGACUGACUUGUGCACACUUCCCAAGUCACAUCUGUAACGACUGAGAAAGUAUGUCCAUCCGUCUCUCUGUGGCUGCUGGAGAAUCUCAGUUCUGACGGGAGUGUCGGGGUCUCCUGCAAGUUUCCUCUUAUGUGUGUAUUUGAGCUCUUUCCUGAUGUGCUUUUGAUUUUCACCUAAAACCUUUAAUUAAUUAAUGAGUACAGAAUUUCCUCGCGUGACAGUCUGCCUGGGUAAAUCAAGUGGGAGCUCUGCCGUGAGACACCAGUGAAGCCCUUGAAAAGUCAGCAUCUCAUGGUUGAAUGACUUAUGGAGCUCUUGUAGCUUUUAGGAAGUUUUCUGACUUGGGGUGUUAGCGCCUCAUUGGCCUCAUGGGAGUUAGGAGCAGGUUUUGCUGUGCAUCCAGGGACAGGCCGGCCCUGGGCUGCUCUGCGUCACAAGGGCCUCCGCGGGCCAGCAGCGCGGCUCCUCCCAGACGGCUGGGCAGGAGGCCUUGGGAGCCUCUCCGGGGGGCCCGUGCGGCCCGCAGGCCUCCAAGAGCCGUAGGGCCAGCCCAUGCACCUCUGGGCGGAGCGUGGCAGCCUCCUGGCCUGGUGGCCAGUGUCCACACCUGGCAGCUUGGGAGCACGGUGCUCUGUGGGGCAGGUGGGGCCGGGUGGCCGGUGGCCUCAGCUGUGACUCCUUGUACUCGGGGUGAGUUCCCACAAGACCGUUCUUUGUGGGGAAUCAUAGGAAUUGGAGACACAGGAAUAGAGUGGCCAGGUUAGCCGAGAGAGGAUGAUGACGAAAUGAUAGCUUCUGAAUUACUUGAAACUUUCUACUCAGCCAUUAAGGAAGAAACGUGACAAAACGGGUGAGAUUAUAUAUUCUCAAAUGUAAAACUUGAUAAAGGGACAGUUGGGUCUAAGGGUUUUUAUUUCAGUUAUUUAAGAAGUGCGCUCCAGACACUUAGUUGGGAUCUAUGAGCUACCUGGCAGUCCUCCGGCAGCCUGGGUCUUGGCCUCAGCACGCCGCCCCCGCGCUCUGCAGCUGCUCCCCCCGGAGCAGAGUGCCUGCAUCUCCCAGGUGGAGCCACGCCCCUGGGGGCGGCGGGACCCUCCUUCAGUUUUUGUGACGUUGGUGAUGGCUGGCUGCAGGCGUCCCCACCCCGAUUGUUUUUACUGUCCUGAACUGGGUCCGGCCCAGCUGCAGGUGUGAUGAACGGUGGCUUUGGAAAUGCGGAGUGCGGGGUGCGGGGUGCCGUGUGCCGAGGUGCCCGUGCCUGCGCCUGCGGAAGCUGUGCCAGCCACGCCUGCCUGAAGACCAGGCAGGGGUUCUUAGCCUGCGUUUCCUCUUCCACUCCACCUGAACACCCACUUUUUCAUUAGGGAUUCUGGAAAUUGGCACUUGGGUUCCAGUCAUUUUGGAAUGUCAAAAUCCAGACUUUUUAAGAAUGAAGGGCACUGUGUAGUUUGUGAAGAGUCAUCUCCAGGCAGUGUUUCUCCACACAGGGUGAGGGGCCAGCAGCUGGCUCCGUCUCCACGUCCUCCAGGGGCCCGGGGCCAGCUUCGCCUGAGGGCCUCCUUGGGCUGUGUGCAAACACUUUUUUCAGAAAUAGUGUUUUUAUUAAAAUAAGAAAUUCAUGUUCCUGUAACGGCUCAAAGUAAGAUUUCUGAACCAUGACACAUCAGAGGUCAAGGUGGAAAAUGUCUCCAUGUCCACCUGUGUCUGGCUCUGGCUUCCCAGCAGGAGAAGUGGCAAGUGGGCUUUUGGGUCUGGGCCUGCUGUCCUGAGGCCAGAUUCCAGAAUGAGCCUUGCCUGACAGGGCUCAAGCCCUGGCCUCAGGUGUCCACUGGUUCUGUGACAGCGUGCCUUGCCAAUGCUGUCAGACUGCCAGUGACCAGACUACUUGAUUUAAUGUAAGGAGAAGGUUUAAUAAAGUGCUUUCUUGCUGA